AAAGUGUCCGGACUGGAAGGGGGGAAAGUGUCCAGAAAAUACUGGAAGGGGGGGGGGGGAAAGUGUCCGGACUGGAAGGGGGGAAAGUGUCCGGACUGGAAGGGGGGGGGGGGAAAGUGUCCGGACUGGAAGGGGGGGAAAGUGUCCGGACUGGAAGGGGGGAAAGUGUUCGGACUGGAAGGGGGGAAAGUGUCCGGACUGGAAGGGGGGGAAAGUGUCCGGACUGGAAGCGGGGGGAAACGGACUGGAAGGGGGGGAAAGUGUCCGGACUGGAAGGGGGGAAAGUGUCCGGACUGGAAAGGGGUGAAAGUGUCCGGAUGGGGGGGAAAGUGUCCGGACUGGAAGGGGGGUGAAAGUGUCCGGACUGGAAGGGGGGAAAGUGUCCGGACCGGACUGGAAGGGGGUGAAAGUGUCCGGACUGGAAGGGGGGGAAGUGUCCGGACUGGAAGGGGGUGAAAGUGUCCGGACUGGAAGGGGGUGAAAGUGUCCAGACUGGAAGUGGGGAAAG